CCCCUCCCCUUUUCCCUGGGCGGGCGGGGAAGGGGGGGUCCACGAUGUGACUCUGUGUGUGUGUGUGUGUGUGUGUGGGGUGUCCGUCCCGGAACCGGAAGUGGUUGUGGAGGAGCGGGCGAUGGGGAGGAAUGGGGGGGUUUAGGGGGCGGGUGCCUGUCUGGUGGGUGGCAGAGUUCAGCUCCCUGGAGGGGAAGGAGGGACGUCCCAAGGAAGGGUCUUUGAGAAAGGGGUAGGGGACGACAUCAGGAGAAGGCUCCCAGGAACUGUCUCAGGGGAGCGAAGGUUUUGGGGGGACAGCUGGGGUCUCCAGUAGAUAGACCACGGUGCAGGCUGUGGGAGGUACUUCUUGGCACAAGGCCUUGGGUAGGCAGGGGGCGAAGUCCUCGAAGAAGUGGGGGGAAGGCUAGAGGAAGUGACUGGGCCUGAACUGGCACUGUGCCUGACACAAGGGCUUGUGCAUCCCCCAGCCCUCAGCUUUGCCUUCUGAAGCCACUCCUCUGGGGCAGAGACCCUCCUCCUCCUCCAUCUCUUCUGUUCUCUGACCCCUGGUUACCUGUGGCCUGGGAACGAACGAGGACCAGUCUCUGAGCCUAGGAGUGGAAUCCACACCCUGGUGAUAAGAGUUCGUCUUAGUUUCUGGGAAUUGGAUUUAUUUCUCUCGUAUCCACAUAGAGGGUUGCACUACACUCCUGUUAUUAUAUCCACCCAUGUUUGGAUUGCUGGUUGGGGGGUCUGCCUGCCUUCCAGACUGACUGCUGACAAAUAAUUCCUGAGGUUCUCCACAGUUCUGUGUUGGCUGCACCCUGCCUGGCCCCUGUAACCUAGACAAUUUGUUUACAGAAAGUUCAGGAGCCCUGGAAAGGAGAAGGAAUAAGACGGCAGGAGGAAGAGAGAGAGAGGGUAGAAUGGAAGAAUCUCACUUCAAUUCUAACCCAUACUUCUGGCCUUCUAUCCCCACAGUCUCAGGUCAGAUUGAGAACACAAUGUUCAUCAACAAGAUGAAGGAUCAGCUGUUGCCAGAGAAGGGCUGUGGUCUGGCUCCACCUCACUACCCCACCUUGCUGACAGUGCCUGCCUCAGUGUCCCUGCCCUCGGGCAUCAGUAUGGACACAGAGUCCAAGUCAGACCAGCUGACCCCACACAGCCAAGCAUCUGUUACCCAGAAUAUCACGGUGGUCCCUGUGCCGUCUACAGGACUGAUGACUGCUGGUCCGGGUUUGGUAAUCACGUCCCCCUCAGGCUCUCUUGUGACCACAGCAUCAUCAGCUCAGACCUUCCCCAUUUCGGCUCCCAUGAUUGUCUCAGCUCUUCCCCCUGGCUCACAAGCCCUGCAGGUUGUCCCUGACCUCUCCAAGAAGGUAGCAUCGACCCUAACCGAGGAAGGAGGUGGAGGUGGUGGUGGAGGUGGCAGUGUGGCUCCUAAGCCGCCCCGGGGCCGGAAGAAGAAGCGGAUGCUGGAAUCAGGGCUGCCUGAGAUGAACGACCCUUAUGUCCUCUCCCCUGAGGAUGAUGAUGACCAUCAGAAAGACGGCAAGACCUACAGGUGCCGGAUGUGCUCACUGACAUUCUACUCCAAGUCGGAGAUGCAGAUCCACUCCAAGUCACACACCGAGACCAAGCCCCACAAGUGCCCACAUUGCUCCAAGACCUUCGCCAACAGCUCCUACCUGGCCCAGCACAUCCGUAUACACUCAGGGGCUAAGCCCUACAGUUGUAACUUCUGUGAGAAAUCCUUCCGCCAGCUCUCCCACCUUCAGCAGCACACCCGGAUCCACUCCAAGAUGCACACGGAGACCAUCAAGCCCCACAAGUGCCCGCACUGCUCCAAGACCUUCGCCAACACCUCCUACCUGGCCCAGCACCUCCGUAUCCACUCGGGGGCCAAGCCCUACAACUGUUCCUACUGCCAGAAGGCCUUCCGCCAGCUCUCCCACCUCCAGCAGCACACACGAAUCCACACUGGUGAUAGACCAUACAAAUGUGCACACCCAGGCUGUGAGAAAGCCUUCACACAACUCUCCAAUCUGCAGUCCCACAGACGGCAACACAACAAAGAUAAACCCUUCAAGUGCCACAACUGUCAUCGGGCGUACACGGAUGCAGCCUCACUAGAGGUGCACCUGUCUACGCACACAGUGAAGCAUGCCAAGGUGUACACCUGCACUAUCUGCAGUCGGGCAUACACAUCAGAAACAUACCUUAUGAAACAUAUGCGCAAACACAACCCUCCUGAUCUUCAGCAACAAGUGCAGGCAGCAGCGGCGGCGGCAGCAGUGGCCCAGGCCCAGGCGCAGGCCCAGGCUCAAGCUCAAGCGCAAGCCCAGGCUCAGGCUCAGGCUCAGGCUCAGGCCCAGGCCCAGGCCCAGGCCUCCCAGGCAUCACAGCAGCAGCAGCAGCAGCAGCAACAGCCACCACCACACUUCCAGUCUCCUGGGGCAGCCCCCCAGGGUGGGGGUGGUGGGGACAGCAACCCCAACCCUCCACCCCAGUGUUCCUUUGACCUGACCCCCUAUAAGACGGCGGAGCAUCAUAAGGACAUCUGCCUCACUGUCACCACCAGCACCAUCCAGGUGGAGCACCUGGCCAGCUCUUAGAGAUCCGUGCUGCCACCCACUGGGAAGAGGAAGAAGUAGUCCUGGUUUCUUCUUUCUCCAACUCCUCUUGGUGGGAAAAGUCCUCUUCUUCACAGGCCUUGGCUCCAUCUCCUUGGGCCUCAGGCACAGCUUUCCUUCACAGGAUACCAUCCUUUUUCUGAACUCUUCAAAAGGAACAUCAGCCCUCCUGAUUGCAAAGGAAUACUGAGCUGAUGGUGUCAUCCAGCAGCCUCCCCUCCCAAGCAAAGCUUUUAAAAUUGGGGGUUGGUGCUCAAGGGAAGGAUUUGCUAUGACCUCAUAGAAACUUGUCCAGUGUGGUCACUUACCCUAUCCUUACCCUCCUUAUCCUCAAAGUUUGGGUUGAUAGAAGACUAGAGGCUGGCCCUCCCAGAUAACAGAGAAAAGGGAGCCCCAAAUGCAACCAGCCUCUUGUUCUAUUCUUGCCUGCAAAAGAACAGAGGUUUCUCAGUUGCCUCAGUCCCUGAGAGCCAUUUCUUCCCCUGCAUCGUCUCACUUCACUUCCUGUUGACUGCUGGUAGAAGAUUUGGGGUAGGGGACAGACCUCCUUUUAUUUGAAGGGGGCAAGGGCUGAGAUGUGGUCCCCAAGGGGCCAGAAAUUCCCAAGUUGGUCACAGGUGGCUUAGAAGUGUGGGUUAUGGUUUUAGGGAUUUCCUUGGAGCCUCUCUCCUUCUCUGCCUACACAGACCCUAUGCUCUCAGUCUCCCCAACCCACCCCCCAAGGAGCUGUGGGAGGCUUUGUGUUAUCUGUGAAACUCCAAAACAGGGGUGUUGCGGAGAAGGGAGAGUUCAAGGCAAACACAAGGACUGGACUUAGCUCCCUAGGUGCCACGGUCAGAUGCCGGACACGGAUUUAUAUAUAAAUAUAUAUAUAUAAAUAUAUUAUACCCACUCAUCACGGCCAUCUUUGUUGUAACCAUUUCUGUGUUUAUAAAUGCAUUAUCUCUGAGAAUUUUCAUAUUUGAUGUUUUGUUUAUUUUUGUCCUUUUUUUCCCUCCACCCCUGUCCUCCAGCCACAGCAUUUUUUUUGUCUUUUUUUUUUUUUUUUUUUUUAAUCAUGGCAGAUUUCAGAGGAAAGGAAAUUUAAAAAAAAAAAUCAGGAAACCAGUUGUUAUAAAGCAAUCUAAAAAUGAAGAAAAAAAAAAAAAGAAAAAACCUUAUGUACAAACCAAGGGGUGUUUUUAGAACAUUGUAUAGAAAUAAAUUCAUGUAAAAGGA